CUCUUAUUGCAUUCCAUGUGAAGCAUCCAAGGGAAGAGGAGGGACUUAAGGAUCCAAACUUUGGUUGAAGUUUGAACCUCACUUACUCUCUUUUGGACCCUCUUUUGCUCAAGUUAUGGACCCAAGCUCUCGUCUUGAUCAUGUCCUUUUUCAGCUCACUCCAACUAGAACCAGAUGUGACCUGGUCAUUGUUGCUGGAGGUGUGAGUGAAAGACUAGCUUCUGGGCUGUUAGAACCGUUUCUUACUCACCUUAAGAGUGCCAAAGAUCAGAUUUCGAAAGGUGGCUAUUCCAUUACUCUAAGUCCAGCUGGUGCACAUGCUCCCUGGUUCACCAAAGCCACCCUGCAAAGGUUUGUUAGAUUUAUAAGCACUCCAGAAGUUCUAGAGAGGUUUGUGACAAUAGAAAAGGAGAUUGUGCAGAUUGAAGGAUCGAUUCAGUCAAAUGAGAAGAGCAAUUUAGUGGCAGAGGCAGAAGGAAAUGUAUCAUAUGCUGAUGGGCGUGUCAAAAGGUCGACUACUUCCUCCAAGAUGAAAGAUGAACUAGCUGGUACCAAUCAAGAUGGAUAUGAAGAAAACUCUAGGGUUCGCCUUCAACGUGUUCUAGAUAAUCGUAAAGCAAUGCUUUGCAAAGAGCAGGCAAUGGCCUAUGCCCGUGCUUUAGUUGCAGGAUUUUACCCAGAAUCUGUUGAUGAUCUUAUAUAUUUCGCUGAUGCUUUUGGAGCUUCACGUUUAAGGGAAGCAUGCAUCAAUUUCUUAGAGCUAUGCAAACAAAAGAAUGAAGACAAGCUCUGGAUAGAUGAGAUAGCAGCCAUGCAGGCGUCUGCUCAGCCCGAAUUGCCAUACUUGAGGACAUCUGGAAUCAUACUUGCUGGUGAAGAUGAUGCAAGCAGUAAAAUAAAUGGCUUAGUUGAUGCCUCUAUUUCUGAGUCAACUGCAAGUCAUGCAAGUUUGGAAAUUGGCCAAGAUUAUAACUUGCCAACAUCAGCUCAAACACCAUCAACAGAUGGAAGGGCUCAAAUACCAAUGUCUUGGCCAAACCAUCUUCCUCAGUACUAUCACAAUUUUCAGGGUCAUGCAUUUCAACAAAUGCCUCCAUACCAAGGGUACCUCUAUCCUGGUAUGCAGGUUCCCUCUUCAUUUUAUCCAGGGAAUAUGCAAUGGCCUCCAAAUGGGGAAGACUCUCAUAUUGUUCAUGACCGGGAAAUGGAUUAUCAUAAAUCAUCCUUUAAGAAGAAGAAGAAACAUUCUCAAAUACCGGAGCACCCUGAAGAAGAUGGGUCUACUGCUUCCUCUGACUCUAGUUAUGAGAGUGAUUCAGACGACCAUUCAAGGCAAAGCAAAAAGCACUCUUCAACAGAACAUCUGCACAAAAAGAAGCAUGGAAAGAAGUCCUCAAGGAAAGUAGUUAUUCGUAAUAUAAACUAUAUAACAUCUAAUGGAGAUGGUGAAAAGGGUAGUAUCACAGAGGGGAGUUUGUCCAAUGAGGAAGAAUUUAUCAAUGGAGAAUCCCUGAAAGAGCAGGUUGAGGAAGCUGUAGUGUCACUGGAGAGAAGACACAAAUCAAGCUCCCGUCGUCAUAAGAAACAACAAAAUGCUAAGCACCCUGGCAUGCUAAAUGGUUCAGCUGAUGCUGAUUCCAAUGGCAUAAAAGGAAACAACAACUGGGAUGCUUUCCAGAAUCUUCUUUUGAGAGAUGAUGAUUCUACUCUUGAUACAGAAAAGCAGACUAUGAAGCUUCAAGAGGAAUAUAUUGUGAAUAGGAAUUUUGAGGAUGGAAGGUCAAAUGAAUUUAACCAAAAACCAGACAUUACUAAAACUCGAGUAGUUUCAAAUGAUUCAUUUGUUGUGACAGAGAGGGAAUUGGACAAUGAGGGUCGAAGUCGCGUUGAAUACUUUAAGGAAGGGAAGGAUGCACCUUCAUAUAUGAAGAAAAUAAAUAGCACAGAUGAGGAGUUGUUGUUUUCUCGGAGAAAUGAUGAAUCAGGUAGCUAUUCUGUGUCUGGCUGUGGCCUAGAAUCUUCCCUCACUAAAUGCAAGAAAGAAGAGGAUUGGUUCAUUAUCAAUCAAUCUGAUAAACUGGCAAAUGAGGAUGGAAACCGAAAUUUCAGUAUGUUUGAUGGUGUUUCUAUUUCGUCCUCAGCUACUGAUAGUUUUCAUGUGGAGAAAAACAAGAAAGACAUUUUGGCUGAUGACUCAUUCAUGAUUCAAGCUCGAUCCUCACAAGAACAAUUUAACUCUCAAUCAGCUGCUGACAUAAGUUUGGUUUCGGACAUUGUUGGUGUCACUGAAUUCGCUAACAGCAUACAAGAAGGUUCACGCAAUAAGACUGAAACCUUAAAAUCCCACGAGCCAGAUGAUCUCUUCAUGGUUCUUGAUCGUGAUUCAGCUGUAGAGCAGAAUGCAGCAUCUUGGAGCGUGGAAAUGGAUUAUGAAAAUAACAUUUCAUUAAGUGAAGCAAAUAGAAAGGUUUCUGACACUGAAACAGAUAAUAAUCAUCUGUCUAAUCAAGAGGGCAAUGAUACAAAAACUCCUGGAGGGAGAACUGGGAAAGUUUCAAGUAAAGAGGCAAGGUCUAAGGCUCUAAAUGCAUCUCUUGGGAAAAGCAAAUCUGAUAUCAUGACAAGAAGCAAAGCAUCCCCAGGAAGCAGAAGUACAGUUUUGAAGAGCAAAUCUGAGAAGGAAGAAGAAACUAGAAAGAGAAAGGAGGAGUUACUAAUUCUGCGGCAGAAAAGAAUUGCUGAAAGAAGUGCCUCUAAGAAGAGUGGAACAGAAACUAAGACUUCCUUGACUACUUCAAAGAAAGAGAAGCCUAAGAUUCCAUCCACUGAGGAGACCAAGAAAUUGCACAAACCUGUCCUUAGGAAUUCCACCAUCGAGCGCCUUGCAACUGCCCGAGUAAGUCAAAAGGUUUCACCAAGUCAAGCAAAAUCAACUCCAACCAAGAAACCAUCCUUGAAGGCAAAUGGGGUACCUUUGCAGAAGACUACUGGCACAGAAAAAAAGAAACAGGUUCCAAAAGAAGACAAAUCUUCAAAUCAAAAAGAAGAUGCCAAGAAAACAAAUGGGGAAGUUCUUUCUGACACUAAUGCCCUAGCUAAGAAUGAAAUGGAAGCCUCAGUAGUGUUGCCAGUGAACUCUGGCACUGUGCAAUCUGUUGAACCAAGUAAAAACAGUCUUGGUUUGAAAGAAAAUGGAGAGCUAUCCAAGACAUCAUCAGAGGAACAUGCAAGAUAUUUGAUUUCAGAAAGUGAACAGGUGCAUGAAAAUGUUGGCCAACUUCACAUGGAUUCAUCUUUGCCAAAUCAUGAUCACACAUUGGGAGGAAAUCUGUUGAGAGGUGAAGAAUUGUUGGACAAGUUAUCUUCACUUCCUGGUGACAACAAACCUCAACAUAUUGAUGGCAUGAUCAUAAAUCCUACAGCAGGAUCACCUAUCAAACCCCUAACAGUUUCUACUGUGAACUCAAAGGUUAAUCAUGAAAUAGAUGAAAGUGAUGUUGUCUUACCUAAAGUCUCUGAGAAACAAAUUUCUACCCCUCCACCUAGUGACCAAGUGAUCAUGCUGGAACCAAACCACUCCAGGAAAAAAUGGAACAGUGAUGAGGACUCUUCAAAAGCAGCAAAAGGAUUUCGUAAGCUUCUCUUCUUUGGAAGAAAGAGCUGAAGCACCCUGGUAGAUUGUUUUUUGUGUGAAUUGGUUCAUAAUAAUCUUCUGAAGUGUUCAGAGCAGUUAUCAGUAUCAUUCCUCUAUAUCCAUGAUUUUGGUUAUUCAAUAUUUCAACAAGAAAUUACUUUGCCCAUUCUUGAGCUCAACAUAAGGUGUUUGGUACGUUGAAUUAUUUGUUGUUUUGAACACACUCAUUCAUGUGACAUGGCACAGUCAUGUGGAAGAUUGUAGAUAGUUUUCAGGUUGACACACGUAAUAAUAAGGCCAUGGGAUUGGGAGUUGCUGUCAUACGAGGAAUCCCAUGAUGUAAAUUAUCUGAAUAUGUUGUAUCCUAAGGAUUGCACAGGGAAUAAAUUUUCCAUGUUAGAACUCUAUAUAGGGCCUAUCCUGUUUGAUGCCAAAACCUGUUUCCUUGUAUUGUCAAUUAUCAAAG